AAAUUUUCGAUGGCUCAAAACCCACCGUAAUCUAGUACUUUCAGAACUGUCUUGCUGCUUCCGUUUUUUGUCUUCCUGUAGCGCCGUAGCGCCGCUAGCUAUUACAGACCAGUACCGCACAAGAGCGAGAUCAGAGCAUGAACAUGGAAAGAGAUGGAGCAGAGGCGGUCAGGGCCCGUGAAGAUCACGCUGAAGAUGAAGAUCACGACGAUGAGGCUCCAAGAAACAACGGAGCUGUGGCUGGAGCUGGAGCAGCCAUUCCUGCUGGCAUUAUGAAUCCUGAACUUUUGGAAGAUGGAGAUCAGAUGAUGGAAAUCUCGGACCAAGAAAAACUGUGGGCCCGUGCCAUAAAGGCAGCCAUUGAAAGUUGCCCUGACCUUGAGAAAUUAUCAGAUUUUGAAUACUGCCAAUUGGCCAUCAUUGAUCAGGGUAAUAUGGAAGCUGCGGUUGACAGAGCGACGUCCUUACAGGGUUUUCGGCAGGAAUAUGAUGUCAAGGACACUCUGGAAGAUGCACUGACAGCGUUGCGUCAAUUAGUCUCGGUGAUGCCCAGUUUGUUCCUCUCCUUCACCUGCAACCAUUCCUCUGGUGGAUAUGUCACUAUUGCCGACAUGGCAGCUUAUGAUCUACAGGCUUUGAAAACAGAAAAAGGUUGGAAGACACACAUGUUAGGACAUUUUUACCUGUUUGGGGCCAUGUGCACGGACUUUCGCAGUAUCCGAACUGGAAUCAAUUUUGUGGUGGAGUGCGAUGGAUUUUCUUGGACAUCCAACAUGGACUUUGUAAUAUCCAAGAACCUCUGCAGAGAUUUUUACUCCAUCUACCCUUAUAGGGCCCAACAACUGAGCUACUUCCAUACGAACCUCUUUCUCAACAUGACAAUCGCUGCCUGUCGUGCUGUUUUGCCAAAGUCAAUUGCUUCCAAGUUUCAGGUAGGUUGCAUCUUCCCUGGCGGACGCUUGGACCAGUUUUACUUGAUCCCUGAUCAACAUACUGCGGCUGAAAGGACAAUUCAUCGCAUGCAAGAGAGCAUCCGAAGGCGAUAUGCAAUGGUUGCUUCGUAUAAGCUUUAGCUAGUGGGAGAAAUUACUGGGCU